CCUACCACUCUACUAGCGCGCAAGCGUGCUUCUGGGGUUGUAGACAAACCGGUUAUUAUUUGUUUGGGAGUUUACAAGUUUGAUUGACAUGGCGUCCGAAUGUCUCUUCGGGCUGCUUUCAGUAGAGAUCCAGUGCAAAAUACUCAAGGAAGUCAGCUCACUGAAAGACCUCGUUCGCCUAGUCCAGGCCAGUCCUGAGAUAUGGUACACGAUGCAAGAUAAGGGAAACGAACUUUCUGGUGGAAUAUCUGUCUGGUACAAUCGAAUGCCCAUCCAUGCAGGAACUUCUCCGCGUCAACAGUCUUCGCAAUCAGUUGGAUCUCUUUGGUGUGAUUACAUGUACAAGGCAGCAUGUGCUUGCCCUGGGGCGGGUUGUCUCUGGCAUUUGCCAGAAUGGUCUCACGAAUCGCAUCACCGAUGUUCUGGGAAGAUACCUACCAUCUCACUCGAUUCUCUCUUCCCCCACGACUACGCCCCACUGAGCAAGACUUUCCUGCUCUACGAGUUUCUAUCCAAGGCAUUUCAUUACCGACCCGGUAACCCCGUUUUCUCUGACCAAGAACAACUGCGCUUUGCACGGGAUUAUGUCACCCAUUUAGGGCUCUAUCGCGAGAAACGACGUCGCAAUGCCGUUCAGAAGAUAUACUGGGGCAAAUAUGGUAUCAAAUGCGUCUUCGAUUAUAUCUAUCAAUCAUACGAGACGAUGUUUCUACACAUCGAGUACGACGUUCUAGACCAAUCUGAACGCCACUCCGAAGACGGCGAAGAAGGGUACAAUGGAAGGAUGGGCCGUGAAGCGGAACAAUAUCGAGAUCUACCGUAUCUGGACAAAACUCGGCGUCGUUUUUUAUCAAUACCAUGGCUUCAAUGGGUUUCUGGCCCUUCACCUUGUUCCUAA